CAGGGAGUGCCGGGCCGGCUCUGCCGGUGACGUAGGUGUCAUGUUCCCAUGAUGCACUGGGAGGGCGGCCAUUCAAACUCGGGAGAACUCGAAGGAGAGAAAAUGGCUGCUCCGAGGGGGCAGCAGCCAGAAGUCGACCAGUCUCGCGUAGCCGAGUCCGGCCCGGAAUCCCGGCCGGAACUGUGUGGCGGUGCCCCGGCCGUUGCUGUGACUGUGGCGCUGGCGGCUCCGCCGGUGGCUCCCGGCGCUGGUGGCGCCUACUCCGUGUCGGUGGCUUUCCCCGGCUCUGUGACCCGGGAGGGCUGUUUCCGUUUCACCUGCGAGCUCCUGAAGCACGUCUUGUACCAGAGGCAGCAGCUCCCCCUGCCUUACGAACAGCUCGCCUGCUUCUGCCGGAGUCAGCUCCCAAGACCCCCACGACAGGAUGAAGAUGUGGUCAGAAAAGUCUACCCAAGAGAUCCAGACAACAACUAUAAGAAGUGCCAGCAAGUGUUAAGUGAUCUUGAGGGAGUGUUCCAGCACUUAGAAAUUAUGUUCAGUUUGACAUUGAUCCCACGAGUUCUCAUUAUGCUUGGGGGUACUGCUGUCAGUCCCAAAGAACUCUAUGAGAUCAACCUGCAGGGUAUCUCCGUGAGCGGCGCUGAGGAGAGCCUGCAGACGUCAGCCUGUGUCCGCAAGCUUUUCCAUUCGCUCUUCCUAGCAGAUGUGUUCAGUGAGCUUCAGGCUGUCCCAACCAUGGGCAUGAUUGUUAUGGCCCAAGGACACCGCAACUGUGGUAUUGACUGGUUCAGACCUAAACUAAACUACAAAGUGCCAGCUCGAGGGAGAAAACUGACUGUCAACUUAUCGUGUAAUGAUGGCAACCGUGCAGCCCUUUCUGCCUACCAGGAGGUGAACUCUGCUUGGGAUGACUACAUAUGGUUUCAAGCUCCAGUGACGGUCAAGGGCUUCCGUUUCUUUUCUUGAUGAAAUUGUUAAGGGGGCAUCAGUAAUCAACCCUGUGUUGAUAUUGCUAUGUCAGAAGUACUUAAUCAGCUGUAACCACUCUCAUUUGAAUCUUUUCUCCAGAGCCCUUUUAACAACUUUGUUGAACUUUCCUAUGCUAGUUAGUUCCCUAGCAUAAAAGCAAAACACCUGUGAUUCCAGGAAGUGCCUUUAGAGAACCGAUUCAAAGCAUAAUAAAAUUGCCAUUAUCCACUCUUAUUUCCUCUGUUUCAGACUUGACUAUCAAAUGAUACUUGAAAUAACUAUGCCAGUAGAGGAGCUUCCUACAGAAUUUUAAUGAACUUUAUUACAUUUCCAGUGGCUAUGUUAGCUGGCAGAUAAUUGUGCAAUGUUAAUGAACUGGGGUUAACUAAUUAAUUGUUCGAACUGUGAUAUUAUUUGUCCUAUAACUUGCUUAUUUUGUAUAAUGAUAUACUUAAUAAUUUGUUGUAAGGGACAUAAAGCAGACCCAUACCAUUUUCCUCCUCAUGUCUGGAGGGAUAACUGCUUUUGAAGAUGGUUGUAUCCACAUCAAUAUUAUUAUUGUGGUUAUGGACAACAAUUCCUCUAAGUAGUUUCAUAAGUAACAAGUUGGAGAAAGUAGAGAUGAAUGUCUCUGAAUGAUCAACUAUGAGUAAAAUUAUUGAAAUGUUCAGUUUGCUUUCGUAAUAUUCAUCCUGCUGAGGAAUUCUGGCCAAGCUUCUUUCUUACAUGUUGGCCUUUAUGAGUCGAAAUCAGAGUUGAACAUCCUAAAGGUGCUCCUUAUGGAAGCUGAUACUAAGUUCAGGGUGUUUGCCAUAGUUUCAGCGUACGUUUGUAUGACUACAGAUGUUAUUUACCUCAUAGUCAAUUGCUUGGACCAAAACGAAGCCAUAGGUAAUAAUAGAAUUAAAGCCAUGAGGAAGGCUGAUUGGAAAAGAAAAACCAAAGGCUAAAAUACAUCAUGACAUUGAUCCACUUUAGUGUUGUGAAGACAUUGGUGUUGGACAAGCAUUAAGAGAUGGUGUUUAGUUCCAGAACAAUGGAUAACACUUUCUUAAUUUGAACUAGUCCACUGUUGGGCUGUGUUGCCUUAAGGUCUGAUGAUAAUGACCGUAAUAUAGUUUGGGAAAAGCUGACUUCCCUGAGGGGAGGUAGCCAAACUACUUCUUGUAGAAAUUGUUCUAUUGCAGUGGAAGGAUUCAUUAUAAGAAGAUAAAGGUAUGUAGUCUUUCUUGCCCUGCUCCUUGUAGCAUUUUGUGCUGUACUGCAUUUUAAUUUUGUGGUUGAACAAACAAGCCUGUCCAAAGUAAAUAAAAGCGCAGAAGAUAUUGAAUCAGCUACCUGAAUGCAAAUUAUAUUCUAAAAUAUUGUGCUGUUAAAAGGAUUGCAAUAAAUCUUUUCUCAGAGGGAAUGUGACAUAAUUUCUACCAGAGUGCUUGUACAGCGGAGCCCAACCCAUGAAAGAGGUGCUAAUUCAAAUACAUUUUAGAGUUCUAUGUACGAACCCUAUUGUAGCCCACUAGCUUUCUCUACAACCCAUAUUAUUGUGUAAAAUGUUGCUAUUUAAUGUGUGUAUUUGAAGGUGCUGCUUCAAUCAAACGAAAAAACAUCUGUAAAAUGAAGUAAAUUGAAAUAAGAACUACUUGUCUUUUUAAAAUGUGA